AUGGAUCGUCGUGAGGUGAAUCUGAAACCUGAUGAAGUAGAAAGAGCGUUAGAAGAAUUUUCUGGUAUUUUGUCGUCAAAUAACUAUGACCCAAUCAACACUAGGAUCUUUCCAGAACUAAGCCCUCGACCAACAUCAUCACCUCAACCAGAGCCCUCAAAUGAAAAUGUUAUGCAGCCACCCCCACCAAGAAGUUCGCGACACGGUCCUUCACUUAUAGAACAUGAAAAGAUGAUCAAUCAGCAAAAAACGUAA